AUGGCGUCCUCAUCAGCAGCAGCAGCAACCCAAUUUCAGAACCCAUUUUUGCGUUAUAAAACUCCAUUUUCAGACAAUAAAUUGAGCCCAAAUGGCUAUAGAAUUUCUUUCUGUAAUUUUAAGCCAAGAAGCAGUAAUAAUGGCAAAAAACCUCAAUUCUACAGGUCUUUGAGUGUAGUGAAUGAAAAGGUUCUUGGGAUUGAUUUGGGGACAACGAAUUCAGCAGUGGCUGCCAUGGAAGGAGGGAAGCCUACUAUAGUUACUAAUGCUGAAGGGCAAAGAACGACGCCUUCUGUGGUGGCCUAUACCAAAAACGGGGAUAGAUUGGUUGGACAGAUUGCAAAAAAGCAGGCUAUGGUGAAUUUUGAAAACAAGUUUUUCUCUGUGAAAAGGUUUUUUGGAAGGAAGAUGUCUGAGGUGAAUGAGGAACGUAAGCAGGUUGCGUAUAAAGCUGUGAGAGAUGAGAACAAUAAUUAA